AUGGCCUUUUGGGCUUCUGUCAGCACUAAAUCACCGUUGAAAAUUGCUCCCGUUUUAAAUCCGAAUCAAAAACAAUUUCUACAAGAUGAAUUGAGAUUUCGUGAAAAAUUGGAUAUAUUGGCACGCAGCGAUAUGAAUAAUUUAACCGAUUAUUAUGUGCGGAAACAUGAGACCGUAGAUGAUCCGGACUUGCUCGACAAACAUGAUUCUUUCUAUCAUACUACGAAAAGUCUAUUGGUUUUGUUUCAAAUAAUGGGCGUUAUGCCCAUACAUCGUAAUCCAUCGAAAUCGAAUUUACCACGCACGGGAUUUUCCUGGCAUUCAAAACAGGUUUUAUGGGCCAUUUUUAUCUACUGCAUACAAACUACCGUAGUGGUAUUGGUCUUGAGAGAAAGAGUGAAAAAUUUUAUAGUAAACUCGGAUAAAAGGUUUGAUGAGGCUAUUUACAAUGUGAUUUUUAUCAGUUUGCUAUUCACCAAUUUUUUGCUGCCCGUGGCCAGUUGGCGUCAUGGUCCUCAAGUGGCUAUAUUCAAAAAUAUGUGGACCAAUUAUCAACUAAAGUUUUUGAAAGUUACUGGUACACCAAUAGUUUUUCCAAAUUUAUAUUCUUUAACCUGGGCCUUGUGUAUAUGUUCCUGGGGUUUGAGUAUUCUAAUAAAUUUGUCGCAAUACUUUCUGCAGCCCGAUUUUGAACUGUGGUAUACUUUUGCCUAUUAUCCUAUUAUAGCCAUGUUGAAUUGUUUUUGUAGCUUGUGGUAUAUUAACUGCACCGCGUUUGGCACUGCUAGCAAGGCUUUAUUGAUUUCAUUGGAAACCACUUUGAAGGGUGAUAAGCCAGCUGAAAAGCUAACAGAAUAUCGUCAUUUAUGGGUCGAUUUAAGUCACAUGAUGCAGCAGUUGGGUCGCGCCUACUCUAACAUGUAUGGCAUGUAUUGCUUGGUGGUAUUUUUCACCACCAUCAUUGCUACUUACGGUUCGUUUAGUGAAAUUAUUGAUCAUGGUGCCACCUACAAGGAGGUGGGUCUUUUUGUCAUCGUUUUCUAUUGCAUGAGUCUUUUGUAUAUAAUUUGCAAUGAGGCCCACUAUGCCUCACAGAAGGUGGGUUUAGAUUUUCAAACUCAAUUGCUGAAUGUCAAUUUGACGGCAGUGGAUACGUCUACAAAAGAAGUGGAAAUGUUUUUGGUGGCUAUAGCUAAGAAUCCCCCGAUAAUGAAUUUGGAUGGUUAUGCUAAUAUUAACAGGGAGUUAAUAACAUCGAAUGUUUCCUUCAUGGCCACUUAUCUGGUUGUAUUGUUGCAAUUUAAAAUCACUGAACAGCGAGGCAUUCGUUCACAGCAGGCCAUGGCCGCCAUGUAG